AUGGAAUCCACUUGUAGUGGGGGACGCAAUUCACAAGUGAACGGACAACGUCGAACAUGGAAUGUGGACGAGGAAAGUGCAUUAAUUCAAGGUCUGCGCGAUCUUGUCUCGCGCGGCUGGAAAUGCGACAACGGAUUUCGCUCAGGAUAUACCAACAUAUUAGAGCAACAUAUGGCCCGGUGUUUCCCAGGUACUACCAUACGAGCUGAACCACACAUAUCAUCAAAGAUUACGGUUUGGAAAAAGACUUAUGGAGAGGGUGCACAAGGUUUUACUGACGCGGUUAAUGGAGUGUUACAUGAACCAAGCGUCCAUGCACCUAGCCCUAUCCCAACUCAAGACUCAUUCCCGGAACCUUUGGAGCACCCCGACACCAACAUGGACUCUUUUUCGGCCCAAGCGGGUGAGAGUAGUGCAUCCGGUAAGUCCAAGCGUCACGGAAAAAGAAAGCGUAAUCCAGAGGUGGAGGAUAAAAUAAUUGGACUAAUUUCUUCUGUUUGCGAGGAGACGAACAAGCGUCUUUCUGAAUUGUCAUCACGAUUUACAAACCAAGGUGAUGCUAAGGAGCAAAGAAUUGCCGAGGAAGAGGAGGUUUGCUAUCGUCUUUUUUUUCAGAAGUGUGCAGAGACGGAUGACGUUCACAUGGCACAUUUAUCGGAGCUUAUGCAGAAGGACUUCUCUUGGAUGAAGGUACGUGAUAAAAUCCAUUGCCUUGAGGGACAUUACCGUGAAUUCCUUCGCUACAUGACCACACCGGGUUGUGAACCGAGACUACUGGAAUUUCGUCGCAGAGUGGACCUCGAGACCAACCCAGGACAGAGUGUGCAGAACCCAAUUUUAAUGGAUGUCAUGGAAGAUGAUGUUGAAGUGGAGGAGCAGGUUCCUCUUCCAAUCGAGGAAGAUGAAGUUUUUAUGGGACCGAAUGAAAUGGAUGACGAACAGGAAUUAGGGGAGAAUGAGUCGGAUGUGGACUCGUGCGUGGACUCCAACUGA